AUGCCUCAUCAACAACAAACAGCCACCAUGAAAUCUGUAACCGAAUUUCUUCCACCGAAGGAGAGAGUCCUUCGCUCGGAACAAAUCGGUCUCAGCUCUCAUAAGAAUACCUACAACAAUGGAACACUGAUGAAUAAUUGGAUCGAAGAACGUAAUGCUUCCGAUUAUAUUGAUAAAAUUAAUAGUGAUCCAUCGUUUUUGAAUCUCCAAAAAACUGGUCCAACCCUCAAUCAAACGCUUUACAAAAAUCCAACCGAAUGGAAGCCAGACGCCUAUCGAGUGGAAGAGCCCAUUCUUCCAAAAGAAACAGGAAAGGAGAUUUUAUUUGUUCAUGGUGACGAUAAAACGGAAAAGAGUUUGGUCACCAUGACAGCUUUGACAUUUUCACAUCAAAAAGAUGCUUUGAAAACUGAGGAUGCCCUUAAAAGUAUCAAGACUAUUAAGCCUCAAAUUACUGAACAACAAUCUCCCGUUCGUCUGCUAGAACAAAAGAGAGCGCAGUGGCAAGUAGAACGAGAGGAUGAGCGAGAUCCAAAAAGCACAUUCAUCACCACGUAUCAAAAUGAAAUUGUCAAGAAGGAGAAGCUUUCUGAAAUUUCGACAACUUCUACUCAUAUCCCUUCGAACAUGCAUCUCACCACGAAGAGUAUUCUUCCAGACAAGCCAGUGAUGGCUCCUUCUGGGGACAACCAGUCAUCAUCCUCUUCAUGGGAAGAUCAAUUAGGAAGAACAAAGGAAACUCUUCAAUUUGCUCCUCCUCAAGCCAAACCCACCAACAAGUGGGGCGAUUUUACCAAGAGUAUGCGAGAAGAUUAUAGAAAAACUGGAUUAAGAAAACCAAUUGAAUAUAAAGUGACACCAUUAGCAUCUCUUGGAAAAUAUCAAUAA